AAUGAUUACUUGUUUAUUAUCAAUAAUCUUUGGAACAAUUUCUACAAUGAUAAUAGGAUUUUAUUGGUAUUCAAUAUUAUUUCGCGACAGUUAUUUAAAAGAAGCAAAUAUCAAAUUAGAAAAAGAUCAUGAAUAAAAUAAUUAGAGCAGUUAGCCUUUGAUUUUAGAAUUAUUGGCAAGAUUCCUUUAAGCAUCCCUAAUUACAUACCUAUAUAGCAUUCUAAAAAUAAAUGUAAUAUAAAUAAUUAAAGUAAGAAUGAAAGAGAUUUUGGAUUGGCGCUAUCAUUAGCAGUGUUUUUUUGUGUCAGUUUUUAAGUUUAAUAUUAUACAUCAAAAGUUGUUUGGGAAUAAAAAACAUGGAAUUAUUUUUUUAUGAAAGUGACUGAACAAUUUAUAUCACUUACAACUCUUUCAACAUUAACAUACAUAUUUGUUCCAUGA